CACGCACGCAGACAUCAGAGUGCAGAUGCGCAUCUGCAGACGCGUUUAUUUAGACUGCAGCUGAUAAAAAGUCCAGACUGUUUUGGCUGCAGACCCGCUGAGGCGCGUGCGUGUCCUCCAUCAGAGCGUGAUGGGAAAAGUUUGGGGGAGCAGCUGAUGUGACAGUUUGGGUUGUUGAUGGAAUCGUGAAAAUGCGGAUGGAAAACGCGUCAUGAGCGCGCGCAGACGGGGGUUCACGAGCUCUGAGAGAAAAGGAGGGAGACCUACUGCAGAGGAGGAGGAGUGAGAGGAGGAGGAGGAGGAGGAGGAGGGAAAGACUGAGUUGAGGAAUUUCAAUCCUGUUUGAAGGGGGAGAGGGGGAAGAAGUCAGGGGAGUGGAGAGGAACUUUGAACAACAACUUUCUGGAUCUCUGCUGCGCUUUUUCUCAGGAUCACCAAACCGGAUUUUGGGGCUUUUGUUUCGGUUGAAAGGUUCUCUUGGAUCGUGUCGGUUCUGGCGCAGCUGAGAUGCGGUGAUGGGCUGUUUUUGCGCCAUAACCGCUGUCCCCGCGAGCCUCCUCUCAGGUGAUCCGCGCUCUGGAGCCAUGGCGCGCAGCCUGGCCCUCCUCUGCCUCCUCCUGGCGUCCUCCGCGGCCGCGGCGCCGCUGACAGAUCUGAAGUUUGAACGGAGUCCUGAAACUGUCAUCUCUUACCUGGAGAAACCCGUUACGUUGCACUGCUCCCUGACGGGAAUGUGGGCUGAAGAGCAGGAGCCUCCAGACGUCUUCUGGCUAAAAGACGAGGAGACGCUUGACUUUGCAGAAACCAACCAGCUUGUGAUUCGCACGGGCAGCAGCAGUUGGACCAUCACCAGCACGCUCAAAAUCCAGAAGGUCCAUCUCCUAGACAUGGGCUCCUACAGAUGUGCUGUUCAGUCAGAGAGUGAGCGGCUCGUCUCUGAGGAAGGCUCCAUCCAGCUGGAAGGUAUUCCUCAUUUCUCCGUGGAGCCUCAGCACAUGACCGUGGUGGCCAACGUGUCCUUCAGCCUGAGCUGUGCGGCUCACGGACCUCCAGACCCGGUCAAGGUCAUCUGGCUGCAGGACGGCGCUCCGCUCAACACUCUGGAGGACCAUCUGGCGUUGUCCCCCUCCACGCUCAACCUCACAGGUCUGAACAGAACCAGCACCUUCUCCUGUGAGGCCCACAACAGCAAAGGCGUGAGCACGUCGGGCUCCGGCACCGUCACGGUUCUGCCGUCGCCGCCGCAGAACCUGAGCGCCGUGGAGGCCAACCAGACCUCGCUGCGUUUGUCGUGGCAGCCCGGUUUCGGAGGCGACUACCCCAUCGUCCGCUGCUCUGUUCAGGCCAAGCAGUCGGCAAAAUCCUUCCCAGAAGCCUCGGAUGAGGCGAUCUACAAGCAGAACGUCAACGUGCCGCCUGCCUCCCUCCUGCUGGAGGGGCUGGAGCCCCACAGCCUGUACGCCGUCAGGGUGGCCUGUCAGAGCAGCCAGGGCGUGUCGGAGUGGUCGUCAUGGGCGGAGCUACAGACCGGCGAAGGAGUGCCGGAGAACCCGCCGGUCAACGUCACGGCCAAACCCAACGGCACCGAGGUGCUGCUGGCGUGGGAGGCUCCUCCGGGGAAGCUGAAUGGGAAACUCCAGGGCUUUUUGGUGGAGUACAGCACCCCCUCCGACCAGCAGACGGUCGUCAGCACCAGGCUGGACACGGUGCUGUCCAUCAACCUGACCGCCCCCCUGUCCAACAUCACCUUCAGAGUGUGCGCCUACACGGCGGCGGGGCUGGGGCCCUGGACCCCCCCGCAGACGCUGGUGCUGACGCCUGCCGGAACAGAGAAGAUCCACGGGCCGCCUCCAGCUUUUUCCUGGCACUGGUGGUAUGUGGUGAUGGCCAUCGCCGGCGCCGUGGCCAUCGCCGCGCUCUUGGCUGUUUAUGUGGCCAAACUGCGUCGCAAAGAGACGCGCUUCGGAGAGGCCUUCGAGCCCAUGAUGGAGAGCGGGGAGCUGGUGGUCAGGUACCGGGCUCGGCGCACCUACAGCCGCAGGACGACGGAGGCCACGCUGAACAGUCUGGGCAUCAGCGACGAGCUGAAGCAGAAGCUGCAGGACGUGAUGGUGGACCGGCACAAGCUCACGCUGGGGAAGACUCUGGGCGAAGGGGAGUUCGGCUCGGUCAUGGAGGGGCUGCUCACUCAGGAGGACUCUGUUCUGAAGGUUGCUGUGAAGACCAUGAAAAUUGCCAUCUGCACUCGCUCAGAGAUGGAGGACUUCUUGCGUGAAGCCGCCUGCAUGAAGGAGUUCGAUCACGGCAACGUCAUGAGGCUGCUGGGUGUGUGUCUGCAGACGGUGGAGAGCGAAGGCUACCCGUCUCCCGUGGUCAUCCUGCCCUACAUGAAGCACGGAGACCUGCACAGCUAUCUGCUGUACUCCAGGCUGGGAGACUGUCCCGUGUACCUCCCGUCACAAAUGCUGAUCAAGUUCAUGACCGACAUCGCCCGAGGUAUGGAGUACCUCAGCGGCAAGAACUUCAUCCACAGAGACCUGGCUGCGCGGAACUGCAUGCUGAACGAGAACAUGAACGUUUGCGUGGCCGACUUCGGCCUCUCCAAGAAGAUCUACAACGGCGAUUACUACCGGCAGGGCCGGAUCUCCAAGAUGCCGGUGAAAUGGAUCGCCAUCGAAAGCUUGGCGGAUCGCGUCUACACCACCAAGAGCGACGUGUGGUCAUUCGGGGUCACCAUGUGGGAGAUCGCCACUCGAGGUCAGACGCCGUACCCUGGCGUGGAAAACAGCGAGAUUUACGACUAUCUGAGGCAGGGGAACCGCCUCAAGCAGCCGCCAGACUGUCUGGAUUUGAUAUACUCGCUCAUGUUCUCCUGCUGGCUGCUGAGCCCCAAGGACCGGCCCUCCUUCGAGGCGCUGCGCUGCGAGCUGGAAAAGGCGCUGGAGGACCUGCCGGAUCCUCAGGACCCCGACGAGAUUCUGUACGUCAACAUGGACGAGUCCUCGGCCGAGCUGGGAGCCGUGGGGGGCCGUGACCCCCUUAUGGGGCUGCCCCCCUUCUGCCUGAAGGCCCGCGACACGAUGACCACGGUGGAGGUCCACCACCCCAACCGCUACGUCCUCUGCCCCCAGCACGAGACCAACCGGGCCCUCUCGGACUCCCUGGACAGCCUGGACAUGCCGGUGUCAUCGUCCACGGCCACGCUGCCCCUGCAGCCGUCCCGAAACGCCACGCCCCCCCUGACCCCGGACCCCCCCUUUGACCUGCUGGAGGACAGAGACGGGAAGAUGCCCUGGCAGUAAUGGACCUGCUCUGAACUGCCACAACCUAUCACUGCCAAAGAGCGCCGUGCCAGUGGGAGAGCGGCGCCCACCCCCCCACAGGCUGGGGACGUGCCCCCCCCAACGGUUUAAACACGAUGCUUUUCACACAGGAGAAGGACCUCACUCUCCUCUGUCAGUCUGAACUUUGGUACGACAAAGCGGCCACGCCCACAAAAACACAACAAACCUCUGUGGACCCACUGAGCAUGCUCAGAUGGAAACCCCGCCCCCUGAGGGACAGCAGCAGCCGUUCAGAUUGAAUCCUGAAGUUAGUCUAGAGAAAAAUACUAAUUUUUUUCAUUUUUUUAAACCAUAAACGUCAUUUUCUAAAUAGUAAACUAACCAAUUAAAUCUCAGACUUCAGUGGGAGGAGCCUCUACUCUUUCUGUUAGAACAUUUCCCAUGUUUGACCUUCCAAACGAGGAUUUCAAACUUCCAAAUCCACCCGGGUUUCAUUGCUAAGUUCUCCAACCGAUCCAUCAAACUCAGGAAGCUCUGGAUCUCCAGGGGCUGCGGUUCUGCUGAGGCGGACCGGCCCAAACCGGUUCUGGUCCGGGCGGUUGGACUGUGGGAAGGACACGGGACGGGACCUUCCUCUUUGUUUUUGACUCAAGCACAGUGUUGUUACACCUUUUUAAUGAGGAUUUUCUUUUUGAUAUUUUCUACAACUUUGCACUAAUGUUUUUGUACCUGUGUAUGUUUAGACUUUUGGAUCUUUUUUUUGUGUGUUUUAAAGGAUUUUUUUGUUCCGCUGAAGCCCUCCUCCAAACUUUUCCUUAAGCCAGAGAACAAAAAAAAAAAAAAGAAAACGGUUUCUGUGAAAGACCAAACCUCCAAACCUCCAACCCUGGGAACCAUGAGGGUCCAGCGUCUCCUGAGCUGAGCGCCGUCUAACUGAGUUUACGUGUUAGUGAACAGCAGGGGGCGAUCAUCCUCCACAUCCGAGUCCACACUUUGCAUAUAAGCACUUAUUUUUGUGUAGAGAGAAACUGUACGAGUCCUUUAGUUUGUUUUUGAGUCAUCCAAACAAAUACCUGCACAUAUUUUUGGGAAAAAUGUUUUAUAUUGAGGCGCUGUUUUUGUUUGUUUGUUUGUUUGUUUGUGUUCUCUGAGCACAAAACCAUCAAUCAUGAUGUUCAAACCAUCGACUGUACAUGAGAACUGGAGUGAGGUUGGGUCUGAAUUCCUUCACUGCUACUUAGAGAACUGUAUAGUAUGUUUGCUAAUUUGUAGUGCUUUCAGAAUCUAAAAUUCCCAGAAGUCUUUGCAAAAAACAAUGCAUCAAACUGGCCACUCCUGACCACAAUGCAUUGAACGAUUUUCCAACAUUUUUGAUAAACCAUCUAAGUUUUUAUCAUCAGAACACAGUGGAUGCAUAAAUAGUCUUUGAAUAACGGUCAAAUUAAUUACUUUGGAAAAUUGGUGAUGUCAUUUUUGUUUUUAAAAAAAAGAAGUAGUGAUCAUUGAGUGUCUGGUUCCAACCAAAUGAAGUCAGUUUAGUUGCUAUUUUUUUGGAGCCAGACGUCUUUGUUUCUAUGGCAACCACUCUAACCAAUCAGAAGUAAGGUUGUUGGAGGGCCACACACUCCCACUUCUUGAAACCGGGCUACACAAAAUCUUUCAAUCACUUUGAACGUUUGAAAAUGGGGGCCACUAAGCUCCCCCUACUUUUAAUUGAGGCAUCUGAUUGGUCGGUUUAUAACUUGAACUACAGAAAAAAUAUGAAAUCGGUGAUGUAAUAUUUGAUUAAAGUCAUUAAGUCUCUGGUUUCAACCACAUGAGGUAAAUUUUGUCGCCAUUAAAGACGUCAUUGUUUCUAUGGCAACAAUUCUAAUGAAUCAGGAGUGAGCUUGUUGGAAGGCCACACCCCCACCACUUAAAAACGGUACAUGAAAUAAAACGUUUUGAAUAUUGGACAUGGGGGCCAGCAGACUCCGCCUACUUUUACUGAGGCAUCUGAUUGGUCGGUUUAUAACUUGAACUACAGAAAAAAAAU